AUCUAGUCCGUGCCCCGUGGUAAAAACCAUGACAAAAUAAAUUAUUUAUUUUGUCAUGGUAAAAACUAGAUUUUUAUAUGAUAAAAUCACGAAAACUGAAUGGAGAUUGCAAAAUAUACAGGUGUUUAUUUAUGGAAAGCAAAAUGAGCAAUAAUGUGAUUGAUAUACACAUGAUUAAUAAUAAAGGGUUUAUUUGGAAUGCAAAUGAUUGGUACAUUUUAAGAACAACUCAUCGCAUGUUGGGAAGUUUGAUUGGAACUUUACCAUCCACGCCACGUCAAGAAGAUCAAAAUGGCCUUCCUUGUCUUUUAUUACCUGAAGAAGUUCGAUUACUAGUUGAAAAUUGUAUAGCCCGUACUGUUGAAUAUCCAUCAUUUACUUCUUUACAUACUAAAGAAACAGCCAAAAUCAAUCCAUUUGAUACAUCACCUAAUGUCUUAAUACAUCUUGAUGAAAUAUGUUCAAACAUAAUUGAAGUUCCAUUGCCUGAAUUUGUGAACAAUUUGGAAAGGAUCAGGUAUAAAGUUUUUAAGGAUCUGUGGUCAAAAGGAUUUUAUCUAACUUGUGGAAUGAAGUUUGGAGGCGAUUUUUUAGUCUACAAAGGUGAUCCUCUAGCUUAUCAUGCAAAAUAUAUAGUUAACUGUAGAGAUUUGGAUAAGCAAAUGAUGGUUUCUCGGAGUAGAGUUAGUUCAAUUACUAACAAAAAAAUGGUGUUAGCCAAAGAUGAUGGAAACUCUAUAAUGUAUUUAAUUUAUCAUUUAGAUGAUACAUCUCAGAAUAAUAAUAAAAUUAAUUACUCUUUUUAGUAUGUUCAUGAAUAAAAUAAUGUGUAACAUGUAUAUGAAGUAUAAUAAUUAACGUAUUCAAGACUAUAAAUAAUGGUUCAACGAUAAAAUAUCCCCGCAAAAAUAUUCCAUGAUAAAAUCUCCCACGUAAAUAUUAUAUUCAAAAUUUAACCUUCAUUAUAAACGUUGCGAUUAGAUUAUAAUAUGUGACUUUGUAUUCACUUUUAUAUAUUUUAAUGUGUAGCAAAAAUGUAAAUAGUUAUUCAAAAGUACGAUUUAUACCAAGUGCUAUAUCCAAUAUGAAUAGACAUCUUGGUUGAUUUAGUUCACAAAGCGACGCUAACUUGCCUGUGAACUGAGGUAGGUUGGUACACCAAAACAAAGUAAAAAAUGCUCAAUUAUGAUACAUAAGCAAGUUUUAAGACCUUUAAUCUUAAAAUAAACCCCCAAUAUGGGGCAGUUGUGCUAAAAGUCAUUAAAAUAAAAUAUAAAUAUUUUAAAACAAAAUACUUUGCCUAAUAAGUAAUAACAGAUGCUCCCUGGUUUAUAUGCAACAAAGCACUGCAUAAAAACUUGAAAAACCCCACAAUUGAUGAACACAUAGACUCUAUAACAAACAAAUUCUUCCAUUCACUUAUAAACUCAAAUAGAGUCAUUCAGUACUCACUCCAACUUAAAUGUAAGUCCUCCAUAACCUCGCCAACCCAAGAGAGGAACACCUUACGAUUGCAGAAAGCGAUAUCUAUCACCAUUCACUGCCUAAGAAGGAUACAUGUCCAGAUAAUCAUCUUGAUUUAAACCUAUUGGCUAUUUUGUUACUAAUUAAUUAUUAUAUUGCAAUUAUGUAAAGAAGAAAAGGGAAAAAAUGUACAUAUCACUAUAUCAGUAGGCUUAGAUAGCUACCUAGCUAGGAACGCCUUAAUAAUAAUAAAAAAAAAAA